AUGACUUCAAAACGUAUCCUGGUGAUCGCCGGUUCAGACAGCUCAGGCGGGGCUGGAUUGGAAGCAGAUCAGAAAGUCAUUGCGGCGCAUGGACACUAUGCGAUGACCGCUACGACUGCAUUGACAGCGCAAAACACCCUCGGUGUGCAAGGCAUUCACCAUACGCCACCAGAUUUUGUGAGGAGGCAGAUUGAUGCUGUUUGCGAAGAUGUCAAGGUGGAUGUUGUUAAGACUGGUAUGCUUGCAUCUGCAGAGACCAUCGAAGUUAUAGCCGAUGCGUUUGAGAGAUACAAUGUCCGCACGAGUGUUGUCGAUCCUGUCAUGGUGUCCACCUCUGGCUCACAGCUACUCCCUCCAUCAGCUAUAGUCACACUCAUCAACAACCUCUUACCCCUGACCACGAUUCUAACGCCGAACCUGCCUGAAGCAAAGUUACUCUUGCAGACUGCUGGCGUGGAUGUCAAAGACCCGGAGAAUGUUGACGAUAUCGUUGCCAUGGCUAAGCACAUCCAGGAGCGCGGACCCAAGUGGGUAUUGCUCAAAGGGGGACAUCUGCCGCUCACGAAAGGACGGCUAGUCAGCAAGGAUGAGAGCGAAAGGGAUAUCGUUCUGAAUGUCUUGGUAGGAGAUGGUGGAGUUACCCUAAUGGAAAGCGAAUACCUGAGGAGUAGGAAUACGCAUGGAACAGGAUGUUCGCUUGCGUCCGCAAUUGCAUGCAACCUCGCAUCCGGAAUGAACGUUGUCAAAGCGGUCAAGAGGGCGAAUCUCUACAUCGAAGCAGGGAUCAAGACAAGUACAGAGUUGGGACAUGGGAGUGGGCCGAUUAAUCAUUUCCACUCAACUUAUAGUCUACCGUUCGCGUCGGGCGGUUUCAUCCCCUACCUUCUCGACCGCGAGGACGUUCAAAAGCCGUGGAAGCAGUACACUAAGCACGAGUUCGUAAGGAAGAUGGCCGACGGCUCGCUCUCGAUCGAAAAAUUCAAGUACUACAUGAUACAGGACUACUUAUUCUUGAUACAGUUUGCGCGAGCCAACGCCCUCGCGGCGUACAAGUCAAGUUCUUUACCCGACAUCGGCAGAUCAGUGCAGCAAGUCGUCACUCUCCAGGAGGAGAUCAAACUGCAUAUCGAUUUCUGCAAGGAGUAUGGGCUUGAGGUUGAGGAUAUCGAGAGGGAAGAGGAAGACCAAGCGACGACUGCAUACACCAGAUAUGUACUCGAUAUUGGUCAAUCGCAAGAUUGGCUGGCUCUCCAGAUUGCCAUGUUGCCCUGUCUCAUCGGCUAUGGAAUCAUUGCGACACGCUUGUUCGAAGACCCACAGACGAUCAGAAAAGGCAACGAGUACUGGAAAUGGAUCGAGAACUAUGUGGCACAGGAGUACAUGGAGGCGAUGAUGAGAGGCUCAGAUCUGAUCGAGAAACAUGCGGUGAAGCAGUCCGUUUCGAGAAUCGACGAGCUUGCGCGAAUCUUCAUUCAUGCGACAAAUAUGGAAAGGGGAUUCUGGGACAUGGGCAUGAGAGCGGGCGACCCGACAGUCUCUCCUUUGACCACCGGUCUCUACCAACCCUCACACAUCAUGUCUUCCUACGGAGGCGGAGGCGGAUACGGCGGCGGCGGCGGACGCGAUGGCGGCCGCGGCUACUCGAACGGGUACGAAAACAGCAAUACAGGAUACGGGUCUCACAACGACCAUGACUACUCAAGCCAGCACACCUCGUACGGUGGCGGCUAUGGCGGCAGCAACGGCGGCUCCAACGGUUAUUCCGGCGGUGGUGGCUACGGCGGCGGCGGAGGAGGAUACGGUGGUGGUGGUGGUGGCUUUGGCGGCCGCGAUGGAGGAGGUGGUGACAGAAUGUCCAACCUCGGCCAGGGCUUGAAGCAGCAAGUCUGGGACAUCGAUACCAUGCCUAAAUUCGAGAAGUCCUUCUACAAGGAGGACGAGGCAGUCACCGCACGCUCGGUCGCCGAGGUCGACGAGUACCGCAAGGAACACCAGAUGACUGUCCAGGGCAAGAACAUCCCCAAGCCCGUCACCACCUUCGAUGAGGCUGGCUUCCCAAGCUACGUCAUGAACGAGGUCAAGGCACAAGGUUUUGCGAAGCCCACCGCCAUUCAAGCCCAGGGUUGGCCCAUGGCUCUCUCUGGUCGCGAUGUCGUCGGUGUCGCUGAGACCGGUUCCGGAAAGACACUCACCUACUGCCUUCCCGCCAUUGUCCACAUCAACGCCCAGCCUCUGCUCGCUCCUGGCGACGGCCCUAUCGUCCUGAUCCUCGCCCCUACCCGUGAGCUUGCUGUCCAAAUUCAGCAGGAAAUCAGCAAAUUCGGAAAGUCUUCCCGCAUCCGAAACACCUGCGUCUACGGAGGUGUCCCCAAGGGCCCGCAAAUCCGUGACCUCUCUCGCGGUGUCGAGGUGUGCAUUGCCACGCCUGGUCGUCUUAUCGACAUGCUUGAGGCUGGCAAGACUAAUCUGCGCCGUGUCACUUAUCUCGUGCUCGACGAGGCCGAUCGCAUGCUUGACAUGGGUUUCGAGCCUCAGAUUCGCAAGAUUAUCGGACAGAUUCGACCUGAUCGUCAGACUUGCAUGUGGUCCGCUACUUGGCCCAAGGAAGUCCGCCAGUUGGCUGCCGACUACCAGAACGACUGGAUUCAGGUCAACAUCGGCUCCAUGGACCUGUCAGCUAAUCACCGCAUUCAACAGAUUGUCGAACACCUCGAGACCAUCAUGAGCGACAAGGAGAACAAGAUCCUGAUCUUCACAGGCACCAAGCGCGUCGCUGACGAGAUUACCCGAUUCCUCCGCCAAGAUGGCUGGCCGGCGCUGUCUAUUCACGGUGACAAGCAACAGAACGAGCGCGAUUGGGUCUUGAACGAAUUCAAGACCGGAAAGAGCCCCAUCAUGGUUGCUACUGACGUAGCUUCCCGUGGUAUCGAUGUCCGCAAUAUUACCCAUGUGUUCAACUAUGACUAUCCGAAUAACUCGGAAGACUAUGUUCAUCGCAUUGGUCGAACUGGUCGUGCUGGCGCUAACGGUACCGCUAUCACGCUUUUCACUACAGAAAACUCCAAGCAGGCCCGUGAUCUCGUACAGAUUCUCACAGAGUCCAAGCAGCAGAUUGAUCCCCGCCUACACGAGAUGGCUCGCUACGGCGGCGGUGGAGGCGGCGGAGGUCGCUGGGGAGGUGGCCGUGGCCGCGGUGGAGGCCGUGGCGGAGGCCGUGGUGGCUGGUCUGGAGGUAACGGCGAUCCUAUCCGCAACAGCCGCUGGUAA